GGGCUGAGGUGCGCGCGCAGCUGGAGCUGGCCGGCGGCCGGCGCCCAGCGGGAUCGAGGUGGCGGCGGUGAUGGCGUCAGGUGGCUUGUCUCUGUCCCCGGUGCUGGCGCUGUUGGCGGCCGCUCUAGGAGUCUCUUCAGGUUUCUACCUGCCGGGCUUGGCGCCUGUCAGCUUCUGCGAGUCGGAGAGCGGCGAUUGCAAGAGUGCUAUUGAACUAUUUGUGAACAGGUUGGACUCGGUGGAAUCUGUCCUGCCUUAUGAAUAUGCUGCGUUUGAUUUCUGUCAAUUGGGCAAGGAGAAGCGCCCCUCGGAAAACCUCGGUCAAGUACUGUUUGGUGAGAGGAUUGAGUCAUCUCCUUACAAGUUCCACUUUAAGAAGAAAGAAGUGUGUGCGCGCGCCUGUACAAAAGAAUACAAUCCAGAGAACAAAGAUGACAAAUCAAAGGUGGCAUUUCUGAAGAAUGGCAUAUAUUUAAACUAUCAACAUCAUUGGAUCAUUGAUAAUAUGCCUGUCACAUGGUGCUAUGAUGUAGAAGAUGGACAGAAAUUCUGCAAUCCAGGAUUUCCCAUUGGUUGCUACAUAACAAAAGAUGGCCAUCCAAAAGAUUCUUGCAUUAUUAGUUCUGCAUUCAAUGAAAAAGACACUUACUAUAUCUUCAAUCAUGUGGCUAUCACAAUAUAUUUCCACAGUGAAGAUGGGGCUGAAGCAAGACUUGUGGCUGCUAAGUUAGAACCAAAAAGCUUCAAGCACACAAAUGCUGAUAAGCCCGACUGCUCAGGACCACCCAUGGGCAUCCCUAAAACGUUUGGAGCAAAAUUUAGUAUCACCUACACCUACUCUGUUAAAUAUGCUGCAUCAAAUAUCAAAUGGGCAUCAAGGUGGGAUUACAUUUUGGAAUCUAUGCAUCACACAAACAUUCAGUGGUUUAGCAUUAUGAAUUCCUUGAUAAUUGUCCUAUUCCUUUCUGGUAUGGUUGCAAUGAUUAUGCUUCGAACCUUGCAUAAGGACAUAGCGAGAUACAAUCAAAUGGAUUCAACUGAAGAAGCCCAGGAGGAAUUUGGAUGGAAAUUGGUACAUGGUGAUGUCUUUAGACCACCUCGGAAGGGAAUGAUAUUAUCUGUUUUCCUGGGUUCUGGUGUUCAAAUCUUUAUCAUGAUGUUUGUUACUCUAUUUUUUGCAUGCCUGGGAUUUUUGUCACCUGCAAACCGAGGAUCUUUGAUGACUUGUGCUGUUGUCUUGUGGGUGCUGCUUGGGACCCCAGCAGGCUAUGUAGCUGCCAGAUUUUACAAAUCAUUUGGUGGGGAGAAAUGGAAAACAAAUGUAUUAUUGACUUCUUUUCUGUGCCCAGGGAUUGUUUUUGCUGACUUCUUUAUCAUGAACCUGAUUCUGUGGGGAGAAGGAUCUUCAGCAGCUAUACCCUUUGGAACACUAGUUGCCGUCCUGGCAUUGUGGUUCGGCAUUUCAGUGCCUCUGACUUUUCUUGGUGCUUAUUUUGGCUUCAAGAAGCAUACAAUGGAGCAUCCUGUUCGCGUCAAUCAGAUCCCACGUCAGAUCCCUGAACAAUCAUUCUACACAAAGUGUGUGCCUGGAAUUGUUAUGGGUGGGAUAUUGCCAUUUGGAUGUAUCUUCAUUCAGCUUUUCUUCAUUCUCAAUAGUAUAUGGUCUCACCAGAUGUACUACAUGUUUGGUUUCCUGUUUCUGGUGUUCAUCAUACUGGCCUUAACCUGCUCUGAAGCAACUGUUCUUCUCUGCUAUUUCCAUCUUUGUGCUGAGGACUACCACUGGCAAUGGCGAUCAUUCCUCACUAGUGGGUUUGCAGCAGUAUACUUCUUAAUCUACGCAGUCCAUUAUUUCUAUUCCAAACUCCAGAUAACAGGCACUGCCAGCAUCAUUUUGUACUUUGGAUACACAGCAAUAAUGACAUUGAUCUUCUUCCUAUUCACAGGAACUAUUGGUUAUGUUGCAUGUUUUUGGUUUGUGAGCAAGAUCUACAGCGUUGUCAAGGUGGACUAAAAGAACUAUCUUCUUGGGGACGUAUGUUUGACAGAACUUGUGUUUACUGAAUUGAUUUGAUGACUUGCACAUGGAAGAGUCUGGUUAAAUCAGAAGAACUAUUGUAAAAAAAAAAAAGAAAUACCGGCACCAUGAUAUAUUUUCUACCUAAAAUUUGUUGGGAUAUAAAUCGUUUUGAAAUGACUGCACAUUUGUUCAGUUUGGAGGAAAACCUGUCCUGUUUGUCUUUUUGCAGUGGGAUUUGUUUUAAAUUGCCUUUGUUAUAUUUUGUAAUUCUAUUUGCACGGUUGCUUAGAAAAGCACGUGUGAUACAAUGCUUCUGUAAAUUGUGUUAUACUGUCUACUGAAAUAGAGAUCUUUAAUAUUCAAAAUACCUGUACAUUUGAGAUUGCAAAAACUCAGUGCAAUAAGCUGAAAAGUCUUGUUUCUUGUCACUCCAUCCACUUUUCUACUCUCCUCAUUGCUUAUUAAUUGGCUUUGAAAUUACAAAACAAUAGUUAUGGAAGCAAUUAAGGAGUUUGUGUGACUUUUUUCUUUUUGCCUUGUUACCAUGAGGCACUGACUCGUUUUUUUAAAGCCUCCCAUUUCAGCAGCAGAGGAAGACACUUCAGACGAACGUUUCAAUGAUUCAUGCACCGGUACCCCAGGGCAUAAUUUCAAGGCAGUUGAUUCCAGAAUGUAAUAUAACUUCUUGGCGUGAUGGCGCUGGCAGCUAUCCCCCCCCCCGAAGUUGGCUGUGUUGCCAUGAGAAUGGUUGAUAAUCACGCCGGAGCAGAAUUAAAAAGAUGUAUGCACCCAAGUUAACCUAGACUGGCUCGUUAAAAAGCUUAAAGCCAUAGAAUUUCCUGAUGGGCUUUAUAGGGUUGCAGCAUUUUUCUUCUUUCUCAUCAGCAUCCAAGAAUAUUAUUCCCGCUUUAAUUUGUCUCUGCUGUGUUAGUUGUCCCACCCAACAAAAAAAAAUUGCCUCUUCAUAUUUUCCUCGUUUGUUUUUAGCUGCCUCCACUCAGUCCCCUUUUUUUUUUGCUUCAUGCAAACUCUGAUUUCGCAGAGCAGGAGAAUGGCACUAAGCAAAUUGCUCAUUUGGAGAGCCGGUGCCGAGCAAGUGGCGGCCUCCUGCGCUGUAAUAAUUGUGUACUUCCCAUUUCGGCCUUGCUGUGUCACCUUGCAAUGCUGAAAGGAGUUGUAAAGACUUUUUUUAAAAAAAAGGCAAAGGAAUAAAUCAGAUUGUAAGAUGUGAAGGAGAGUAGCACCAAGGAAGGUGAAAGAGAGGUGGACGUUGGAGAAGAUGAGAAGGGAGGAGGAAGAGGAGGAAAAUAGAACAAUGAAAAGUUGGAAAUAUAUUUGUGCUGUACUGCUAACCAUUUUCCCAGGCUUGUUUUCUUCAAGUUUCAUGAACUUAAAACUACACGAGCGAAUUGAAAGGAAACAUUUUAUUCGAAGUUGAUUUGAGGUUUACAUUUUAAUGAUUCUUGAUCAGUUUGUGCUUAUUUGAAGAUUUUACUUUAUUUGCAUAGAAACGUUUUUAAUAUAAGUUAUUUUCUGUAGCUACAAACAAUGCUAAUUUGAUUUGUGAAGAACUUGAACAUUCAUUAUGAUUGUGAAGAAAUGCAUUAGGCUGUUUUUAUUUAUAAUUGGUCAACACUUUUUAAUGGGAUGAUUGGUCAUUGAAUUCUGUAUCUUCAUUUUUUUUUUUUGUUGAGGUGGGAUGACUCCUUGCCUGGCUAACACUGCCUCUGAAUCAUUCAAUUUGCAAGUGAACAAUCUGUUCAAUAAACCUUGUGUAAAAAAAAAAA